UAGGUCAAUUCAUGGUCAGGUGAACAGGGCGGAUUGCCUAAAUACCAGUACAGCUCUCAAAACAGGAAGCUCAACAAAUUUUACUGCUGAUUUUGGAACUGUAUUUAGAGGCAGACACAUCAGAACACCACAGUCACUCAGAAAAUCAGGAAGUUGAUGAAAACUACUCGGAAUCAGAUAAGAAGACUAGUUCUAUAGCAAGAAGAAAGACACGGCCAUCUCAGGGAGAAUUUCACUUGAAAAAAGACCUUUGUUGGCACAAUCAUGUUGGCCGCACCAUGGCUAACAGUCGUGAUCUUGUUCAUCACAUUCAGCCUGCAGCUGAUUGUGCCGAUGGUUGUCUGGGGAUACCGUGGAUGUUGCAAGAAGCAGACCAAGAAAAAAGACGAGGAGCCGGAUCUGUUCGAUGUUGCGUAUGAUGAUGCUGGGCUUGAUCAACUUCCCGAGGCAAGUGAAGAGGGCGCAUUCAGUAGCUUCACCCAGCAGACGGUUACAGAAACUACUCAAUACAGAGAAGGGGAGGAACCUGCCGAGAAGCCGAUAACCAUUAGAGUCAAAUCAGACCGACAAGCAGAACCAAAAAAGAACAAAUUCUCGAUCUGGGAACUCAUCAGAAUCUUCUCAUUGGACUUUUAUAUCUCAUUUUGGCUUUGGUUGGUUUUCGUAAUUGGAUGUGAAUCUACCCAAUGUUACAGGAUGGGUUUUGCAUUGGAGUUUUUACGCGGGCUUUCCCUUUUUAUGAUUUGUGCGAUUCCUUUGUUUAUUUGCUAUGAAUCGUACAAGUCCCGUGAACGGAAUUAUAUUCGGAAUAUUCUCAAGACCGAUAGUAUUAAGUUUUAUAUUGAGCGGAUGAAGAAGAUUGAACCGUUGAUUACGUUGAAGGCGACAUGUGGGCACUGGGAGGAACGGGAACGGACAAUCACAAUCACAGACACGUACGGACAUGUCAACACACGGACAGAGACCUACAUGGCUUUCAUCGUAACACACAAAGAGGAGGAAGAUUUCAAAUUCGACAGAUGCCGGGACGUGUCGGCCGAAGAUGCCGAUAACUAUAACAAUUUGAAAGCGACACGCCUCUGUUUACGAAAGGAGGUGGAGUUUGGCGACCUUUACACAAAAGAUUUAUACAACACGAGGCUGCAGGCGAUGAUUGACCGCAAUAAGGACAAGGAUAAAAAUCUCAACAUCAAACUUGUAACAGAGAUCCCUGGUUUUAAAUGGCGCGUGACAGCGUUCGUUGAUAUGCAUGAUAAGGCGUGGUGGAUGACCGAGAAGUGGUUCUGGGUCGCAACUGUUUUAUUCUUCUCGUGGCCAUAUCGGUUGAUUUUCCGGCGCUGGUCCGCAAAAUCAAAAUAUACAUUGCACAAGAUGGUUUAUGUUAAUCCGUCCCCAGAUGUGGCCAAUCACAAUGAGACCAAGGGCGAUGAGGAGGCUGUCCCAGCUGCAACACUUCAAGCAAGUGAGCCGGAAUAUGUCCGCAACCCUCAAGAGGUUCAGAUUCAGAUUCAACAAUCAACUGUGUGAACCUGUAGCUAGUUAUCUUUUUACAUCAUGACUUUUUUUAAAACAGCUGAUUUUAGUCUGGAAAUUGGUGUGUGCGUAAAGUUGCAACAAGCAACAGCUGAUCAAGCUUUUUACCAUUGUUUUUAAAAAUUGCAGGGAAUAGUCACAACUCCAGAUGAUAGUGUCAUCCUAAUUCACAAAGUCAAUAAUUUGGACCAAGUUGAAAACUUUUUUUGUUGUUUUGUACUGAAGUUGAACAUUGUAUUUCAACUGAUAUUCAGUGUAAUACAUGAUCAAGUCCCUCCACACAUAAAACAUUCCACAGCAUAUACUGGCACAAUGAAGCUCAUGUAAACAUAUUUUAACAUAUUUGUAUUUUGUACCCAAGAUUUUAUCGCCAAUAUCCAUUUUGUAUGUUAUUAUUUACAGUACUGUACAAGAAUGUAGAUUGAUUGAGGUGCAAAUUAUACAGUAUAUCCAGCCCUCAACUGCCUUGUCCGAUGUUAGUGAAAUAAAGAGUUUAUCAAAUUA